UUGUUUCAGAGUGUUGCCAUGCUGCAGGGAGGCUGUGGAUGAGAAAAUAUGUCGUCAGACUUCUACUCCAGAGAUGAUCUGGUGGAGAGGGGGCCCAUCCCCCUGGACAUCGACAAUGUCCACAUGCUGCUGCAGGUGGAACAAGAACAGAUUCAGAAGAAGACCUUCACCAACUGGGUCAACGCUCAGCUGGCAAAGCGGAGGCCUCCAUGCAUGGUCCUAGAUCUGUUCAGUGAUUUCCGUGACGGCUCCAAACUGUUGGACCUGCUGGAGGUGAUGAGCGGCCAGCGCAUUAGUCGCGAGAGAGGCAAGGGGAUGUUUCAGCACAGGAGCAACAUCGAGAAAGCUCUCUCCUUUCUGAAGCAGAAAUCGAUCAAACUAGUCAACAUUCACAUUCCUGACAUUAUGGAUGGCAAACCGUCCAUCAUCCUUGGUGUCAUAUGGACAAUCAUCCUACAGUAUCAUAUCGAGGAGUUGGCCAGCUGCCUCUCUUUCAGCUCUCGUCAGUCCUCCAUGGAGUCUUUGAACACUCUGGACUCACGCUCCACCCUGUCGAGCCGCUCGGCCAGCAGCAGCCCGGUCCCUCCACGAGGCUCCCCGCUACACAACAAGUUCAGGGUCUCUGCCAAGAAGGCGCUGCUUCUCUGGGUCCGUGAACAGUGCCACAAAGCUGGCUGUACAUUAAAUGUAAAAGACUUCAAAGCCAGCUGGAGAAGCGGCGUUGUCUUCCUGGCCAUCUUGUAUGCUCUGAGGCCCGAUCUGGUGGAUCUGUCCAAAGCCAGAACCAGAAGCAACAAACAGAACCUCGAGGAGGCUUUUCGUACCGCAGAGAGAGAGCUGAGGAUCCCCAGGCUGCUCGACCCCGAUGAUGUGGACGUUCGAGACCCUGAUGAGAAGUCCAUCAUGACCUAUGUGGCUCAGUUCCUGCAGUACUCCAGAGACCUGCCGGUGCCUGAGGAAGAGAUGCAGACACAAUACCUGACUCUUCCUAAAAGUUCUUCUCCUGUCAGCCUUCCUGUUCACUACACCCCUGCUAUUUCUGCUUCACCUCUGCGACAGACGACAUCUGAUCAGAAAGCACAGGAAGUGACCUGCUGGCUGGUUCAGGCGUACGACGAGCUGCUUGAGGGAUGGAACUCCACGGAGGGAGAGAGCUACUCCGAGAGAUACCAUGUCUUUCAGACCUUUCUGGUGUCCUUUAAUGAGCAGCGGCGUCCCAUCAUGCCUCUGUUGACAGCGAUGAGACGAACCCCAAAACUGAGCGACGAGCAGCGGGCUCUCAGAGAGGCGUGGGAUACCCUCACUGAAAAGCUACGUGAAUACAAAAUGGAGUUGGAUAUGAGUCUCCCAGUGCCCUUGGACACGGUGGCUCGCUGGCUGCUGAAAGCAGAGGGGGCUCUGGCCGAGGAGGAGGGCGACCCGCAGGACCACGGCCGAGCUGCAGACGAAGCCAGGGAGAAGCAGGAGCUGCUCAAAGUUUGCCUGGAUGAGAUGCCUCAGCAAUUGAAGACCUUCCAGUCCUUCCAGAACCUGGAUGAGUAUGGAAACAUGAUGGUUCCCUCUGACAAGAUGGAUGAAUUAAAGAGAAGGUUCACCAGUGUUAGAGUGUCUGCCAAAUACCACGGGAUCAGGUUGGAGUACCGGGAGCACCGGCACACAGUUUUGGAUCUGUUGGGGCAGAUCAAGACAAAACUCCGGGUCUGGAAGAGACCCUAUAUCUCCCCAGAGGCUGUCAGGGUGCUCCUGCAAGAAUGGCAUGAGCUGUCGAACACACAGGAGCUCCCUUCUUUGUUGGAAGCCGCUCUUCAUAAGCUAAAGCAGAUUUCUGAGAAAUACUCAAGCAAAUCUGCCCUUGCUGGAGAUUACAACCAGGUCAGUCAGCAGGUGAAGCAGCUGGAGGAGGACACAGCUGUAGUGUUGGAAGAGGUGAAAACAACCAAAAGCACCAUGGGACGGGUCCUGUCUGCCUGGGACUCCUACAGCGACUGUCACAGCUCCUUGCAGGCGUGGCUGGAGCAGGGCUCUGUAACACACAGCCAUGGGCACAGAGCAGAGGUGAGACCUGAGUCUUUGGCUGAGUGGGGCUCCCGACAGGCCCACCUGAACGAGGUGGGUAACUUCCUCAUCGAGUCCACAGACCCACAGACCAGCAGGAGCCUGGCAGAGGAGCUGCGCAGACUCAACAUGCACUGGGCCGAGUUUGUCAAGAGAAACACGUUUGACAGCACGGCUGAGCCCAGUGCUGAUGUGCAGUUCAGACCCCAGGACAUCCAAACCAUGAUCAAGGAGGCCACUCUCAUUCUAAAAGAGCCUGUGGAGGCCAUGGCUGGUCCCCUACGGACCUACAGAAAGAGAAUACAGUUCUUAAUGAGGAAAAUUAAAGAAGUGGAUCUGGGGGCACUGGCUCCCUCCCAAGAAUUCCCAUUGGAUCAGUUCCAGAAAGUGAAGCUCGCUGUACCUGAAGUAAUGAAGACCUUGUUUGAGGCAGAACAGGUUUGUGCAGAGCUGCAACACAGUGUGUCCGGUCUGGACAGUCGCCUGGCUGAACUGUUGCAUUGGGAGACUGAAGCCAGGGAGCUUUACCAGCUGCUGAGGGCCUCAGAGCGCGCAAAACAGCGAGGCCAAGACCCACGAGCCAAGGUCCUGAUUUCCCGUGGUCUUCAGCUGGAAGGUCAGGUGGUCACAGAGGAGCAGGAUCUGCAGGUGAUGGUGAUGACAAAUCAGAAGAACUCUCCCGUCCAGUAUCUCCAUGCCUCCGCCAUGCAGGACAGAGUGCGAGCUGCUGUUGCACAGUCACAGGAAGCUGUAGGUAUGCUGAGCAGCCUAGGAGCAAGAAGAGAUAGAAGCAGAAGCCCUCCAGAUGGCUCUCCUCCAUCAAAAAAAUUUAUCCAAGCUAAAGGAAAACCUCAACAUCUGAGACAGUCAGACAACGUGCAGCACACUCAGGAGACAAAAUUAGUCACUCAUCAGAGUCAUGAAACCUUUGUGCCAAAGAUAGUGGUGCAGGAAUACAAUGAAAAAAAGGUUUCUCCUACAAUGCCAUAUACCUACGCACAAGCUCUAAUGCAGACAAGGACAAAGUCGCCGCCAGAAGGCACAGUUCAAGCCUGGCAAGAGAUAGUUGAGCACGAACAAGCGCAUUCUCAGGGACUAGGAUCUAUACCCCAGCAACAGCCACUGCAGCAAGAACACUUAAACAGACAGGUGGAUGAAGAGUUACAUCACCAGGAAAUCAAGCAACAGCAACCACAACAGCAGCAAAAUGUGCCAACACAAGCACAACAACAGCUGCAAAAGCAUGAACAACAAGAUAAGGUGCAGCAUCAAAUGUUUGACAUGCAUCAAACUCAAGUUCAGCAGCAUGUGGUUACUCAUAUCCAGGUUGAAACGCAAGUCAGACAGACAUCAGAGCCACAGGAGCAGACCUCAUCUCAACCUUCACCUGUAAGGAAUGCACCUCUCAGUUCUCAGGAGCUUCAAAGCAGGAAGGCUCAGGCCAAGAAGAAUCGCCCAUGGCUUCAGAAGCCAGCCUCAGCAGAGCCUGAAAGUCCUGCUCCAAGUCCAGAACAGCAUUCUACUCAGGAACUAAUUCAAAUAAGACAGCCGCAGCCACAAUCAGACAGAGAAACAGUGGCCUCAGUUCAGGUUGUAACAAAGCAUACAUUAACAGACAUAUCCCAACAUGAGGCAAAUGCAAAGGCUACCAAGCAGCCACAACAACAGAAAAAGGAGCAACAAAACCAAACCCAGCAGACGCAAAAUCUACAGCAACAGCAAGGAAAAUUGCAAACUGAGCAGCAACAAAAGCAAGACAAGCAACAACAGCAACAGGAACAAUUGCUGCAGCAACAGAAAAAGGAACAACAAAAACAACCACAGCCUACUGUAAGACAUGCAGAACCAGAGACCAUGGCUGUACCAUUAACUGUAACUAUGGCUCAGCUUCAACCACAAACAAAGGUCCAAAAUAAGUCCCAUAUGCAAACUGAGUCUGUUUCUCAGGCAAGGCAGUCCACAAGUGUGUCCCCCACAAAUGGUCAGCAACCAACAAAGAUCAUGUCCCAAACCAUAGUGAGCCAAGGUCAAUCACAGGCACAAGUUCCUCCACAAACACAUGGUCCCACGAAGACACAGGGACCAAAAACACAACAGCUUCAGGCACAGGUUCAAACUCAGCCCUGGACUCAGCCCCAAACAUGUAUGCCUACUGGACCCCAACCCCAUAUGCAACCCCAGGCCCAUAACCAAGCUGUUGCUCAAGUUCAGACAUGGGCUCAGGUCAGACCUUCUUCACCUUUGCAAGCACCACAAACAGGCCAAAUUCCACCUCCUGUUCCAUCACAUGUUCAGCUACGUAGUCACCCACAAUCCUGGGCUCCAGUCAGGUCUCCCUCCCCUAGGCCACCAACUGAUGCUCAAAGUCAAAUCCAUGCUCAGUCAGUGCCCCAGACUCAAAUUCAUCCUCAGACCAUGCAGUCUCAAAUCCAAGUCCAUUCAAUGGUCCAGGCCCAAACUCAUCCUCAGUCCAUUGCCCAUCCUCAAAGCCAUGCUGUUCCUAUGGUCCAGACUCAAACCCAUACUCCAAUUGCCAAGCCAAGUCAUGCCCAAACAUUAACACAACAAACCCAAGCUCAGACUUUACUCCAGCCUCAGGGUUAUCCUCAUCCCAUGACUCAGUACCCCCUGAAUAUUCAACCAUCAGUUCAGCACCCAGGCCAUAUUUCUCAAAGCCCAAUUCCUGCGUGGACUCAAGUAAGAGCUUCAUCCCCAAUGUCCAUCCAGCAUCCUCAGGGUCCUGCUCAAGUCCCACCUUACCCACAAGGCUACCCCCAGGGUCAGUCUCCAUCCCAGCAGUGGACAACCCAACAGGAGCCACAACACCAGGCCAUUACCCAGCAGAGGCAUCCAAGUCCCCAACCACACCCCCAGCAAAAGAGUCAAGCUCAACAUUCUCAGGCUUAUCCAACAGGUCAGGUUCCACUACAGUGGCCCCAAACUGGACCCCAGCCAGUACCUCAGAUUGGGCCUCCUGGCUAUUCGCAGAUAAGGCCACCAUAUAGUCAGCCUCAGAUACAGCCACAAACUGAACCCUGGACUCAAUCACAAUCCCAGAGUUCAAUGCAACAACAACCUCAGAUGAGAGGUUAUGAUACAUUUCAUAUCCAGGCACAACAAGGCCAAUUUCAGCAACAGACUUGGGGUCAGGCACCACGUCAACUUCUGCCUCAGCCUUACCCCCAGCCCUGUCCUCUGCCUAAUUCUCAGCAAUAUUCACAGGUUCAAACUCAACGUCACCCUCAGCCUCAGAUGCAAGCACAAAUACCACCACAAUUGCAGCAACGACACCAAGUCCCACCUCAGAAUCCAUCACAGCCUCAGCCCAGGCCUCAAGUACACAUUCAGGCACAAGCAUCAGUACAGGUAAAGCCGCAGGUCCAGACUCAGCAGUCUCAGUUCAAUAUACAUUUCCAGCAGCCAACUCCACAAACACAAAGUCAGGCCCAGCUCCAACCACAACAGAAGAUUCAGUCACCAACCCAACCAAAGGCUGGCUCAGCUCCACAACCCAAACCUCUGGCCCAAUUUCCACCUCAACCAGAGGUUCAGUCAACAACUCAGCCUAAAGUUCAGUCAACAACCGAACCCAAAGUUCAGUCAACAACUCAAACCAUGGCUGACCGAUCCAUACCUGACCCCCACUUGCCACCACAACUCAAGACUGAAUCACAUAUCAAGGCAGAAUCACAACCAAAACCAAAGUUACCAUCUGGAACUGCACUACAGACAGAGGCUCAAUCACCAACUCAACCCAAAGUUCAGUCACCAAGCCAAACCAAAGCCCAAUCAAUGCCACAACCUAAACCACAGGCACAAUUGCCACAACAGCCCCAAAUUCCUGAUCAGUCACCUACACUACCCAAAAACCAAACUACAUUACAACCAAAGGCUCAGUCACCCCCACAGGCCAGACCUCAAACUCAAACACAGUCAAAACCUCAAAGUCAGUCUUCUCCACAACCCAAUCCUCAACAGGCCAAAACUAUUCCCAUCUCCCAGGUCGGUGUCCUGCUUCAGUCUCAGGCUGAGUCACCAGAUCUGUGCAUUAAACCUCCAGCCUUGGCCCAGGCGCCACCACAGGCCUACACAGAGGCGUAUGCCAAGGCCCAGGCUUUAGCCAGAAAUGGUUUUGAGGAGGCAAAGCACUGUCUGCAGGAGCACAUCAUGGAAACCAUCAAUGUUUUUCAAGACAAACGUAUAUCGUCUGAACAAGCAUCCGUGAAAGAGGAGACAUUGAGGACCCUGGACCCAGAGUUGCUGGAGGAGUUCCUGAGAGCAGCGGAGGGCAUGGAAGCCUUUUGUACCCCCGCAGAGCUCAGAGACAUGGAGUUCUACACCCAGUCUGUCAGGACACAGUGGGAGGCCGUGAGAGCUGAGAUCUCAGACUUUUUGAAGCAAUUACGUUUUGAAUUAACAAGGAAAGACUUUAACAAAGCCGCCCUGCAGUGUGAGAUGCUCUUAAGCGCCCCAUUAGAAAACCAAGCCCAGGCUUGUAUCUCAGAGGAUGCCAGCUUUGCUCAGGCAGGGCAGCACCUUCAGGCCUUGAAAGAUCUGUGUGACACCCUGAGCCCUGAGGAUGCUCACCGCCUGGCCCAGACUCAGCUCAGGGAGUGUGAGAACAGGCUGGCAGCCAUCCAGCGCCAAUUCAGCGGAGACCAAGAUGCACCACUCCCUGAUUCUAGGAUACCUGUUUCCUUCAGUGAGGAAAUGAACACACAAAAAGAACCUACAAGACCAUCUGACAAACCUCAGGUCUCAACUGAGGUGGCUCCAGUGAAAUUGAAGACUGUGAGUGUGGAGAGGAAGGAGGUUGAAAAGCAGACGUCCGUAGAGGAAGAAGUCCCCAAGAAGGAGGCUGUUGAAAGAUAUGAGAAUUCAAAGAAGACUCUUCAAGCCCAACUGGCUAAAAAUGAACAGAGCAUCAAAGAUGUUCCCUCUGACUCUGUGUCACUCAAAGGCCUGCACACAAGGCUCCAAGAAAUACAGUUCUUGAGACAGGAGACAGAGUCUCUGUGGUCUGACUAUGCAAACCAGUGCUCCCAGUGCGGUAACCCUGGUCUGGAGCAGGAGAAGGCAGAGCUUCAGGAGCAGUGGCGCAGCCAGCAGUCCAACUUGCAGAAGAGAGGCAGCUCGCUGGGCGCAGCCCUUAGGCAGAUAGACUCCACUGAAAACCACAUGGUGGACUUCACAGACCGUCUCGACCGCUACCUGAGACAGCCCAAAGACAUCACCGGCUUCACCCUGGCCAACACCAACAUCCUCAAAGAUAUCAAGGAACUGGAUGACAACAUCCAGAGUGAGCUUGACCAGCUUUCACGUCUGGACGCUGAAUCUAGUGAUCUGGGCCCCAGAGACUGCCCCCCUCUGUCCCGCGUGGUGGAGACUCACAAAGCGAGCCUUGAUCAGCUUCGACAGCAGGUCCGCAAGAGCGAAGCAUCCGCCCGCGCCCUCGACCGCUUCCUCAUGUCAAUGCGUACUGUAGAUGAAGACAUCUCAGGAGUCCAAGGCGCCCCCUGCAGCGACUCUCAGGUACUGCAGGACUGUCGCACCAAGCUGGCUCUGAUCCGGCAGAGCAUCGACAGUCUGCAAGAAAAGGCUCCUCAGCUGGAUCAGCUCCUUCAAGGGGCCAGGCUGACCGUCACCAGGGAUGGAGUCCCGGCCUCCUGCCUGGACAUGGUGACUGCUCUGCUGAGGAGGCUGGAGGAGGCUGACAGUGGACUGGCCGGCCAACAGAUGGGCCUCCAGAAGGAGACGCAGAGUAGAUCCCUGGGCCUGAGGAAGAGGACGCUGCUGGGGGAGCUGAGGAAGCUGCAGGAAACAAUAGAAUCACAAGGCCUGAAGGAGCCCACCAUGCCUGCUGUGCAACAAAGGCUACGUGCCUUGUCUGAUUGUGAGAGUCAGGUGCAGAGCCUGCACAAGGAGCUGCAGACCCUCCGUGAACUUCAAGAGAAAGAAGGAGGAGGGGAAGACCUCUUUCAGGACCUGGAGAGCCAGUGGAAGGAGACUCAAAGAGCUUUUAUUGAUGGCAAGAAGCAGUACAACCUACUGCUGGAAAAUCUGAAAAGGUUCCAGAGCUGCCGCAGUCACCUGAGCAACACCAUGCAGAGAGCAGAGCAAGCCAUCAGCGAUCAGGCUUCCUACAUGGGGAAGGACAACCUGCAGAGAAGUAUAACCAAGGUUGGUGACAUAAAGGAGGAGCUUGCUGGUCUUGGGGCGCCUAUGGAGGAGAUGAGGGGAGCUUGCAGACAGCUGCAGAACCAAAUGAAGAAGUUCCCAGACUGCAGCCAGGCUUCCUUUGAAGCAGAGGCUGACACACUCAUGGACAACUGGCUGGACGUGACAGAGAAGACAGAUGCCUACAUCGAUAACCUCCGGGUGGGGCUGGAGCUGUGGGAGAAGCAGCUGAUGGUGGGGGGAGAGGUAGAUGGCUGGGCGGGGGCUAAACUGGCGCUCUUUGCUGAGAGCCACCCCUUCCACAAUGAACAGCAAGUGCUCGCCAUGAGGGACGAGAUAAAUGGCAACGAGGAGAACAUAGAGCUUUUCCACAAGAAGUCUGCAGAGAUCCAGGAGAUGCUACAGGGUCAGGAGGCACCGCUGGAGCUGCAGGUGAUGGAAACCCAGCUGAGGAAGAGGAUGCAGCAGGUGAAGGAGCUGUUUACUGACUGCACGGACGUCUUCGAGGAGCUGGUCGCUGUGAAGACGCACCUGGCUGAGAAGAUGGAGGAGUGUCAGGUGGCUGUGGAGAGCAUCCAGUGUUCUCUGGGUAAUCUUGACGCUUCACAACCAAAGGACGAAAAAGAGAUACAGGAUCUGAGUCAUGAACUGGACUCUCAGGAGGAGCAGUCCGAGGCUGUGAUGAAGGAGGUCGUCCUUGUUUCCAGCGUGGCCAGUCCUCAGGUGCUGGAGUCUCUGUCUGUGGACUGCAGCCGGCUCAGGGAGGCCAUCUCCAGAACCAAAGACAUGAUCCACCUGAAGAGAGAAGAGAGGGACAAAGGCAUGCUCAAGGUCAUCAAAGAUGAAAAGCAGUCAUUCAUUGGAUGGUUCCAGGACUUGCAGAUGUCUGUCAACGAGUGCUUUGAGAACCCUGAGAGCAAAACAGACAUUGAAACAUCCUUGCAAAGACUCGCUUGUUUCUUAAAAGCAAAGGAUGCAGAGAAACGUCUGGAACAGCUGAAAGAUCAGUUGGAGAGAGGCAGUCGGAAGGUUCCUCCCCAGCAAAUCUCUGAGUUCAGCGACUGGCUGAAGGAGCAGCAGGAGGAGGUGGGAACGUUCAGAACGCACUGCCUCAACAGGCAGACACAAAUGGAGUCACUCCUCAGCGACCUGAGCAGUCUGCAGAAGCAACAUGAUACCUUCCGGGAUUGGCUGCAGAAAAAGGAAAAACAGUCUGUGGGAUCAGACAAAGCUAAAGUUCUCCUCAAAGAGCUCGAGGAUGAGAGUGGUAGAGCCGACUCACUCAGAGAUUGUCUAGCUGCAUUACGUAAACAAUGCGUCAGAGCUGAAAGCCUCCUGAAGGACGGGGACAACUUGUUACAACGCUACAGAAACCUGAAGGCCAGGCUGCAGAAGCAGGUGGACAGCCAGAGCGCGCUGGAGGGAGAAUAUGGCAAGUUUAGUACUCAGGCUAAAAGCACAAAGACCUGGAUAGCUGACCUGCUGCAGCCCCUCACCUCCCCUAGCAAAGACACCAAGAAGGAGGAUCUGAAGAACAAAGCCCAGGCCAUCCUGAGCUCCAAACCUGAGGGCGACUGUAAAGUGAACUACCUGAGGAAACAAAGCCAAAGUCUGUGUGAGAGUGAGGACCUGGAGGAGGACAGGAAACAAGACAUUCAGCAAUCCGUCAGAGAAACAGAGGAGCAGUGGAGGAGUGCUCUGCAGACAGCUGAGCAGGCUGUCGACAAGGCAGAAACACAAGCUGUGUUAGAGAAGGACUUUGACACUUUCAAAGCCAAGACUGAAGAAGUUCAGACGUGGAUUAAAGACCAAGAGCAGAACCUGAAGUCGAUCGGUGGUUGCAUGAAAGUAGAAGAAAAGCUUCCGAUUGCACAAGCUGCUCUAAACUCCAAGCCUGAUGGAGAUGCAAAGCUCCGGGAUCUGAAGCAACAAUGCCAGAUUCUGUGUGACAGCCAGGGAUUGGACGAGAGCAGGAGGCCAGAGGUUCAGGACGCCAUCAGGAACACAGAGGAGCAGUGGAAGAAAGUCCUGCAUGCUGCUCAGGAUGCUCUCGACAAGACUGGGACUGAAGUUGCUGCCCAAAGGGACUUUGACGCUUUCAAAUCACAAUGUGAAAGUGUCCAGUCCUGGAUCAAAGAGCCAAAGCAGAAGCUGUUGUCCCUCGGUAGUCAUAUGCCGUUUGAAGAAAAGUUAAAGGUCGCACAGGCUAUUAUGACCUCAAAACCCGAAGGAGACUCCAAGCUGCUCGACCUGAAGAAACAAGGGGAAAGUCUGAGUGAGCAUCUGGAGGAGAGCAGAAAACCAGAAGUUCAUCAUUUGGUAAAAGAUGCUGAGCAGCAGUGGAGAAAUGUUCUUCAGGCCGCCAGACAGGCGGAGCUGCGAGGUCUUUCUGACGACUUUGACUCUCAGAGUAAAAACACUCUGUCGUGGAUCAGAGACAAACAACAGAAGCUGCAGUCUGCGGGCAGUCACACACCAGCUGAAGAGAGGACACGCACAGCUCAGAGCAUCUUGAGCUGCAAACCUGACGGUGACUGUAAGGUGAACAACCUAAGGAGGCGAGGCCAGAGUCUUUGUAACCAUCAGGAUGCAGACCAGGGUCGGAAAAAACACAUUCAGCAGACGGUCAAAGACACAGAGGAGCAAUGGAGGACGGUCCUGCAGGCCGCGAAACAAGUUGAAGAUGCUGCAGGAGCUGACAUCACCAAGAAGGCUGAGAAGGUGAAGUCGGAGCUGAGAGAAUUUGAUACCAGUCAGCAGGAUACUGGCAGAUGGCUUACAGACUUCCAACAACAAGUGGACUCACUGAACAGCCAAACCAAAGCUGAGGACAAACUGCACGCAGCUCAGGCCAUCAUAAGCUCCAAGCCCGCAGGAGACUCUAAGCUCCAGGAGCUCAAGAGACGAGGUCAGAGUGUGUGUGCUCAAGACCUGGGGGAAAACAAAAAACAAGAGGUGCGACAAAAAGUACAGGGCGCUGAAGAGCAGUGGACCAGAGUCCUGCAAAAUGCCAAACAAGCCCUGGAUCAGGCUGAGAGGCAGUGUGCUGUGGAGGGCCAGCUGAAGGAAUAUGAAGCCCUGAAGGAGAAGACCAGAGCUUGGCUGGAAAACAAGAGGAAGAGCCUGGACUCUGUGGACAGUCAGACGGAUCCAGAGAAGACCAUCAUCACUGCACAGACUAUUCUGAGCUCCAAGCCUGAGGGAGACUCCAAGCUGAGUGAGCUGAGGAGGCUAAGUCAGAGUUUGUCCGACCAGGAGGACCUGGAGGAGAACACAAGGCGAGAGGCUCAGCAGACAGUGAAACAGUCAGAAGAGCAGUGGAAGACGGUCCUGCAGUCGGCUGAGAGCACUCUGAAGAAAGCUGAGGUCCAGUACUCGCUUUCCAGGGAGCUGGAGGCCUUUGGUACCCAGGCAGAAAGCACCAAAUCCUGGGUUGAAGAACUGCAGAAACAGGCCAAGUCCCUAGGGAGUGGUACUCAGGGCAACCGAGCCCAGUUAGAGGACAGAUUGAAUAAAGCACAGGUCAUCUUGAGCUCCAAGUCUGAUGGUGACUCUCAAGUGACGGAGCUGAAAAGACGUGUGCAGAGUCUGUGUGAGCAAAAAGAUCUGGAGGGAGACAAGAAGAAGGAGGUACAGCAGAAGAUCAAAGACACUGAGCAGCAAUGGAGGACGGUCAUGCAGGCUGCUGAGGACACACAAAGACAGUUGAAGGGUGUUGUGGAUCGUUUGGUGUCCUGUGAAAACCAGCGCAGUAAGGCUGAGGCUCGCCUGACAGAUCUUCAGAAGCAGACGUCCAGCAUGCCUCGUGUGUUCCCGUGGCCUGGCCUGGGAGAGAGGAGGCAGACUAUGGAACAGGCCAGAACCCUGCUGGACCAGAGUUCAGCUUUGGUCCCCGUCCUCUCAGGCCUCCGCAAACAGUCUGCAGAGCUGUUUGAGAUCACCAAGGACCCUGGUCUGUCAGAUCCCUCAUUGGCAGCCAAAGAGGACUCCAUUCCUGUCAUGCUGAAAGAGCUAACUGAUGUAGUAGCUGACCGCGAGCAGGGCAUCCAGACGGAGAGGCAGUUCACGCAGCUGGUGGAGCAGCAUGAAGCAGCUCAGGACUGGCUGAGGGAGCACGUCAAAGCCCUGGAGGCUCCUCCUGCAGACAGACAGGGCCUGCACAGUGCUGUCAACAAUCUGAAGGCACUGCUCCAAACAGUGGACAGGGAGAAAAGAGAGAUGAAGGACCUGGACUCUGCCAGAGACAGUCUGCUUAACCUCUGCACCCCAGGAGGUAGGGCUGCUCUGACCCUGGAGGUCGGCCAUCUACAUGACCUCUGCACCGCCUCAGAGAAGGAGGUGAGGGAGCGCCUGGUGGCCUGUGAGACUCGUCUCGCUGAGCUGGAUGGUCAGGCAGCCAAGAGGGCUCUUGGGUUGAAGGAGAGAGCUGCGGCCCUGCAGUGGGAGCUCCGCUCUCUGGACCAGGCCCUCAGUUACAGCGAACCACAGAACAACAUCACUCAGCUGCAACAGCACUGGAACAGCCUCAAGAACUGCGAGAAGUCCCUAGAAGAUUUGGGUGUGAAGGUUCAUGACCUUGAUAAGGAAGUGAAAGCUACCCCCGCAGCUGAUGAGCUGUCAGCAGAGAUUACCACUGGGGUGGAGUCCUUAUGCCAGCAGCGUGACAGUCUAAAGUCCAGGCUGAUUGAGCACCAGGGUACCUGCUCUACUAACACAGCUCGCUGUCUGAUGGACUGCCUACACGACCUGCAGGAAUGGAACCAAAGCAAACCAUCACAGUCCAGUUCUUCUGCACAGGCAACAUUAGAGGAAGGUGCAAAGUUGCAUGCCAACCUGCAGGAGGCACUUUCUCACAAGAACUUUCUAACAGACUGUCUAAUGCCUGAGUUGAUUGGGAAACUGCAGAGAGACGGUUCAGAGACACUCAAAAAAGCAGACACACAUAAGACUACUCUCAGCCAAAAAAUUAAGGAACUUGAUGAAAAGAGUAAACAAAAGCUGCCUGGUAAAAAAGAGGAGACAAAGACAUCUGUAGUGGCACCACCAAGAAAAAACAAGCAGUCACCUGAGAAAAAGCAUCAAGAUAAAGUACAGAAAAGCAGUUCUUUAUCAGAAAAAUCUUCAUCUGUUGAGGAUGAUUUGCCAGUUUCAGCUGAGCUGCAAAUUGAAUCUAAAACAUCAAUACAUACUGUGGCAGCUGUCACGGAAGAAACAAAAACUACUCCUGUGGAACAAACCAGAACUGAACCUACAAAAAAGAAAUCUCAGAGUCCAACAGAUGCUUCAAAAACUUUUAAGGCACCAUAUGAAAGUCCAAAGCCACAAACCAAAACUGAGCCUGUUAAAGUUGAGAAAAUAAAACCCUCCCCUGAAGAACAGUUACAAGUCCAAAAGGCCAAGCAGCAGCCUGCAGCUGUUGUUAGUGAAACUACUACAAUUGUACCACCAAGGAAAACGUCCAAGACUUCCAUCACUGCUACUGAGACUGCACAGACUAAAGUGGAGCCUGAAGUGGUGAAAAGUACUUCUACUCAAGGGUUCCCCAAAGGUUUUCCAGGAACUGCUGCUGAGAAAGAAGCAAAGAAUGUGGCAACCAUUGUUCUAGAUAUAUCAGAGCAGAUAACAACUGCAGAGAUCACGGGCAACACUGACUCUGAGAAGCCUUCAACCACAGAGUUAGUUCAAGGGCUGACCAAAACAGCUGUUUUAGAGCAAAGUAAGAUUUCCCCCCCCAAGCGAAGGUCCAAGAUUAAGAGUACAAAACCAUCUCAGUCUGACCAGCAGGCAUCACAGAUAGAACCAGAAAGUCAAAAGUCUGCUUUGAGUUUGAUGGCAGAAACUGAAAAUGUUGUUAUGAAAGACACAAAGCUCCUACCAACCACAAGAAAAUCAAAGAGUGCUGAAAUUAUUACAAAUGUCCAGCAAGUUGAACUUGAAGAUAACAAGUCAGAACCUGAUGGCUCAAAGUCCUCUUCAACCCCACAGGGAGUCACAGAGCCGACAGAAACUAUUGUUGUUAAAGAAACUAAGCUUUCUCCAACAAAAAGAAGGUCAAAGGCUCCAAACCUCUCCCCAGAGCAUGCAACCAAUCAAGUGGAAGAGACUAAGAAGGACCCUGGAAGUCAGAAGCCUUCAUUGAGCUCCAGACUGCAAACUGAAGCCGUGGUUGGGGAAGCAACAAGGAAUAUAGCAACAAUUGUUUUAGAUGUAUCAGAUACAUUCCCUGGUCUCCCUGUUACAACUGAACCUGAAGUUGUACCACCCAGGAGGAAGUCAAAGGGUUUGGAGGUUUCUGCAGUCCCAGAGACUUUAGCUCUCCUUAGUGUGGAGCCUAAGGAAACCAAACACAAACCAGAAAAUGACUCUGCCAUCCCAGAGGUUUGUCAAGAGCAAGCUGAAAAUGCCAUUUUCGAACAGAGUAAGUUAAUACCACCCAAGAGAAAGUCUAAGAGUUCUGAACUUCCUCUUAAACCUGCUGACACCGAGGAACCUCAGACAAGUCAAGAGCUAGAAGGUCAGAAACCUUCUAUGAGUUCUGUUGACCAAAAUAAAGCUGCUGUUAGUGAAGAAGCAAAGCUGGUACCAACCAGAAGAAAGUCAAAGAACGGUGACCCCUCCACAACUUCCAAGACGGUUGCUCACCUAAGAUCACCUGAUGUAGACAGUGAACAAACUAAGAAAGAACUUGACAAUCAAAAGUCUUCAACUGCAGAUGUGGUCACAGGACUAGGUAAACUUACUGUUGCAGAAAAAGGUAAGCUUUCACCUACCAAAAAGCAGUUAGAGGGUCGAAAACUUUCCCUAGAACUUGUUACUAAGGAUGCAACAGAGCCUGACAGGCCGAAGUCAUUAGAGCAGACUGAAGAAGUUGUUCUAAAAGGAACAAAGCUCAUACCAACCAGGAGGAAGUCAAAAAGUUUUGACCUUUCCACAACUUCAGACGCUGAUAUGGAGUCAAAAGAGGAUGGAAAAGAACUUGAAGAAAGGCAGCCCCCUUCAGCUGAACAGGAAGUCACAGUAGUUACUGAAAACAUUCUGGGAAAAAGUGAGCUCUUGCCACCCAAAAGACAUUCAAAGAGUCAAAAUUUGAAGGAAGUGCAUGUAAUUGAAAAGCCAGAGAGCGAGAUUAUUGAGGCUGCUUUGGAGGACACCAGAGUUACACCAAUCAGGAGAAAAUCAAUGGAAAUCCAUGAUCGUCAGAAACCAAUUCCAACACAAGUGUUGGUCAAAACACUGACUACAUCUGCUGAAACUACUGUUGCAGAAAAGGGUCUGACACUUUCCCCGAAACUUGAAACUGCAGAGUUGAAAAUGGCCAUGGCAGGGGAUGAGAGUCAGAAGCAAACUACUACUCAUGCAGGGGUCAAAUCAACAUCUGGAAUUACUGCAGAUGAGAAAGGAAAACUUUCACCAACAAAAAGAAAGGUGAAAGGUGUAAAACCUUCUGAAAAGACCGAAACGUGUGAAAUAGAUAACCCUGAGAGUCAGAAAACUGAGGCUGCUGUUGUGGAAGAAACCAAAGGUAAACUGGUCAGGAAGAAGUCAAAGGAAGGGCCUAGCAGUCAGAAGCCAUCUACAACUCCAGGGGUGGUCACUGCACAAACUCAAAUUGUGACUGAGGAAAAGAGAAAGGUGUCACCUGCCGAUGAAAAGUCGAAGGUUGUGAAAGUAUCAACAGAACUCGGUACAACUCAGCUGAUAAGGACAAAGGAAGGGCUUGGCAGCCAGAAGCCAUCGCUGUCUCAGGGCAUGGACAUAGGACCAACUGAAAUGACUGAAAUAACUGUUGCAGAAAAAGCAAAGCUUUCACAUACUAAAGAACAGUCAAAGGGACUUAAACCUUCCACAGAACUUGCUCUAACUGACCUAGAAAAGACCAAGAAAGAACUUUCUUCGACUCGAGUGGUGGUCGCAUCACCAACUAAAAUAAUUGAACCUACUGUUGUUGAACAAGGUGAGCUUUCCCCAACCAAAAGAAAGGCAAAGGGAAAUAAACUUUCCCAAGAAGUUGCUAAAUCAGAGCCAGCAAAGACCAAGGAAGAGCCUGACAGUCAGAAGCCAUCUACAACUCCAGGGGUGGUCACAGCACAAACUCAAAUUGUGACUGAGGAAAAGAGAGAGGUGUCACCUGCCGAUGAAACGUCGAAGGUUGUGAAAGUAUCACCAGAACUCGGUCCAACUCAGCUGACAAGGACAAAGGAAGGGCCUGGCAGCCAGAAGUCAUCGCUGUCUCAGGGCAUGGACAUAGGACCAACUGAAAUGACUAAAAUACAUUUUGCAGAAAAAGCAAAGCUUUCACCUACCAAAGAACAGUCACAGAGUCUUAAACCUUCCCCAGAACUUGCUACAACAGAGCUGGAAAAGACCAAGAAAGAGCUAUUUUCAACUCCAGUGGUGGUCGCAGUACCAACUAAAAUAAUUGAAACCACUGUUGUUGAACAAGGUGAGCUAUCCCCAACCAAAAGAAGUCAGAAGCCACCUACAACUCCAGGAGUGGUCACAGCACAAACUCAAAUUGUGACUGAGGAAAAGAGAAAGGUGUCACCUGCUGAUGAAACGUUGAAGGUUGUGAAAGUAUCACCAGAACUUGGUACAACUCAGCUGACAAGGACAGGGGUUGAGAGUCAGAAGCAAACUACUACUCCUGCAGGGGUCAAAGCAACAUCUGGAAUUACUACAGAUGAGAAAGGAAAACUUUCACCAACAAAAAUAAAGGUUAAAGGUGUAAAACCUUCUGAAAAGACCGAAACGUGUGAAAUAGAUAAACCUGAGAGUCAGAAAACUGAGGCUGCUGUUGUGGAAGAAACCAAAGGUAAACUGGUCAGGAAGAAGUCAAAGGAAGGGCCUAGCAGUCAGAAGCCACCUACAACUCCAGGAGUGGUCACAGCACAAACUCAAAUUGUGACUGAGGAAAAGAGAAAGGUGUCACCUGCCGAUGAAAAGUCGAAGGUUGUGAAAGUAUCAACAGAACUCGGUACAACUCAGCUGAUAAGGACAAAGGAAGGGCUUGGCAGCCAGAAGCCAUCGCUGUCUCAGGGCAUGGACAUAGGACCAACUGAAAUGACUGAAAUAACUGUUGCAGAAAAAGCAAAGCUUUCACAUACUAAAGAACAGUCAAAGGGAAUCAAACCUUCCACAGAACUUGCUCUAACUGACCUAGAAAAGACCAAGAAAGAACUUUCUUCGACUCGAGUGGUGGUCGCAUCACCAACUAAAAUAAUUGAACCUACUGUUGUUGAACAAGGUGAGCUUUCCCCAACCAAAAGAAAGGCAAAGGGAAAUAAACUUUCCCAAGAAGUUGCUAAAUCAGAGCCAGCAAAGACCAAGGAAGAGCCUGACAGUCAGAAGCCAUCUACAACUCCAGGGGUGGUCACAGCACAAACUCAAAUUGUGACUGAGGAAAAGAGAGAGGUGUCACCUGCCGAUGAAACGUCGAAGGUUGUGAAAGUAUCACCAGAACUCGGUCCAACUCAGCUGACAAGGACAAAGGAAGGGCCUGGCAGCCAGAAGUCAUCGCUGUCUCAGGGCAUGGACAUAGGACCAACUGAAAUGACUAAAAUACAUUUUGCAGAAAAAGCAAAGCUUUCACCUACCAAAGAACAGUCACAGAGUCUUAAACCUUCCCCAGAACUUGCUACAACAGAGCUGGAAAAGACCAAGAAAGAGCUAUUUUCAACUCCAGUGGUGGUCGCAGUACCAACUAAAAUAAUUGAAACCACUGUUGUUGAACAAGGUGAGCUAUCCCCAACCAAAAGAAGUCAGAAGCCACCUACAACUCCAGGAGUGGUCACAGCACAAACUCAAAUUGUGACUGAGGAAAAGAGAAAGGUGUCACCUGCUGAUGAAACGUUGAAGGUUGUGAAAGUAUCACCAGAACUUGGUACAACUCAGCUGACAAGGACAGGGGUUGAGAGUCAGAAGCAAACUACUACUCCUGCAGGGGUCAAAGCAACAUCUGGAAUUACUACAGAUGAGAAAGGAAAACUUUCACCAACAAAAAUAAAGGUUAAAGGUGUAAAACCUUCUGAAAAGACCGAAACGUGUGAAAUAGAUAAACCUGAGAGUCAGAAAACUGAGGCUGCUGUUGUGGAAGAAACCAAAGGUAAACUGGUCAGGAAGAAGUCAAAGGAAGGGCCUAGCAGUCAGAAGCCACCUACAACUCCAGGAGUGGUCACAGCACAAACUCAAAUUGUGACUGAGGAAAAGAGAAAGGUGUCACCUGCCGAUGAAAAGUCGAAGGUUGUGAAAGUAUCAACAGAACUCGGUACAACUCAGCUAACAAGGACAAAGGAAGGGCCUGGCAGCCAGAAGCCAUCGCUGUCUCAGGGCAUGGACAUCGGACCAACUGAAAUGACUGAAAUAACUUUUGCAGAAAAAGCAAAGCUUUCACCUACCAAAGAACAGUCACAGAGUAUUAAACCUUCCCCCGAACUUGCUACAUCAGAGUUGGAAAAGACCAAGAAAAAGCUAUUUUCAACUCCAGUGGUGGUCGCAGUACCAACUAAAAUAAUUGAAACUACUGUUGUUGAACAAGGUGAGCUAUCCCCAACCAAAAGAAAGGCAAAGGGAAAUAAACUUUCCCAAGAAGUUGCUAAAUCAGAGCCAGCAAAGACCAAGGAAGAGCCUGACAGUCAGAAGCCAUCUACAACUCCAGGGGUGGUCACAGCACAAACUCAAAUUGUGACUGAGGAAAAGAGAAAGGUGUCACCUGCCGAUGAAAAGUCGAAGGUUGUGAAAGUAUCAACAGAACUCGGUACAGCUCAGCUGACAAGGACAAAGGAAGGGCCUGGCAGCCAGAAGCCAUCGCUGUCUCAGGGCAUGGACAUAGGACCAACUGAAAUGACUGAAAUAACUUUUGCAGAAAAAGCAAAGCUUUCACCUACCAAAGAACAGUCACAGAGUCUUAAACCUUCCCCAGAACUUGCUACAUCAGAGUUGGAAAAGACCAAGAAAGAGCUAUUUUCAACUCCAGUGGUGGUCGCAGUACCAACUAAAAUAAUUGAAACUACUGUUGUUGAACAAGGUGAGCUAUCCCCAACCAAAAGAAAGGCAAAGGGAAAUAAACUUUCCCAAGAAGUUGCUAAAUCAGAGCCAGCAAAGACCAAGGAAGAGCCUGACAGUCAGAAGCCAUCUACAACUCCAGGGGUGGUCACAGCACAAACUCAAAUUGUGACUGAGGAAAAGACAAAGGUGUCACCUGCCGAUGAAAAGUCGAAGGUUGUGAAAGUAUCAACAGAACUCGGUCCAACUCAGCUGACAAGGACAAAGGAAGGGCCUGGCAGCCAGAAGCCAUCGCUGUCUCAGGGCAGGGACAUAGGACCAACUGAAAUGACUGAAAUAACUUUUGCAGAAAAAGCAAAGCUGUCACCUACCAAAGAACAGUCACAGAGUAUUAAACCUUCCCCCGAACUUGCUACAUCAGAGUUGGAAAAGACCAAGAAAGAGCUAUUUUCAACUCCAGUGGUGGUCGCAGUACCAACUAAAAUAAUUGAAACUACUGUUGUUGAACAAGGUGAGCUAUCCCCAACCAAAAGAAAGGCAAAGGGAAAUAAACCUUACCAAGAAGUUGCUAAAACAGAGCCAGCAAAGACCAAGGAAGAGCCUGACAGUCAGAAGCCACCUACAACUCCAGGAGUGGUCACAGCACAAACUCAAAUUGUGACUGAGGAAAAGACAAAGGUGUCACUUGCCGAUGAAACGUCGAAGGUUGUGAAAGUAUCAACAGAACUCAGUACAACCCAGCUGACAAAGACAACGGAAGGGCCUGGCAGCCAGAAGCCAUCACCGACACAAGAAACGGUCAAAUCACCAACUGAAAUUGCUGUUGUAGAAAAAGAAACACUUUCACCAACCAAGAGAAAGACAAAGGGUCUUAAACUUUCCCCAGAGCUUGCUACAGCAGACUUGACAAAGACCAAGGAAGAGCCGAAGAUUCAGAAGCCAUUUUCAACUCAAGGGACGACAACCACACCGACUGAAAUCACUCAAGCAAUUGCUUUGGAAAAAGGAAUGCUUCCAUCUUCCAAAGAAAAGUCAAAGAGCCUUGAACUUUCUCUGGAGCUUGCUAACACUGAAUUGACCAAAAACAAGGAUGAGCCAGACAGUCAAAAGCCAUUUUCAACCCAAGAGGUUGUCACAACACUAACUGUUGAUGACAAAGCAAGGCCUUCCCCUGCCAAGGAUCAGUCAAAGAGUUCAAAACCAUCCUCAGAACUUGUUACAACAAAUCUUCCACCAACCAAAACUGAAUCAAUGAGCCAUCCUCCAAUUAAGGAUACUGAUGAAUCAAGUAUCCCUAAGAAACUUGAACCUGCAGAGGCUCUUAAGGAUGUCAGUCCUGUUAGUAAAAUGCUUACUCUUGAGGUACGUGGAACCAUUCAGGAGCUCCCUGGAAAAAAAGUGGCUACAUUGAUUCUGGACACGCCUGACAGUUUUGUACAGAUGGCUGAUACUAAGCCAUUGAUCAGAAGUGAAAGUAAACCUGUGUUAGAAAAGGCUGAUACCACUUCUGUACAAUCCUCAGGAAAAGUAGAUACUAAGCCCCAGUUACAGGAUGCUAAAGCCAGACCUAAAGAAGCCCCAAAACAAACCAUUACCCUGCCUAAGGAAAAAGACACAAGUACUUUACCUCAAACCCGACCACCACUUUUCACCAAGCCUACUGACACACCACCUGAGGCAGAUGCCAAGGACGGGCUAAUGAAAAUCACAACUGAGGUUAAGCAAAGGUAUCUGGUUCUUGAUCUGCCUGAGACCAGGUCCACCCUGAUAAGUGGGCGAGAGUCUAAUCAGUUGGAGGCGAAGCCUCUGGCGCAAAGUGGCUCCACUCAAACUACCUCUGCUGUUUCUGCAGCGGGGCAGCCUCAUAAGGCAGAUAUGGAAUCUUCUAAAAUAAGCUCAUCCAAAAAAGACAUAAAGUCAAAUGAACCUGUGAGUCAGCUGAUGCCUUUGGAUAGAACCAAUAAGGACAAGCCACAUGGUGAAAAAGCAGUCCAUGCUGAAGUAUCAGCACAUGGCACUGAAGAUGCACUCAAGAGCUGGGGAGUGAAGCCUGGUAAACUGGAAGAAAUACAGAUGGAGCCUGAAGUGCGAGUCCUACAGCUAGAUUUACCAGCAGGCCAGGAGCAGAAGGAAGACAUUCCUGUUCAAGUAGCAAAAGAGCCAGUGAGAGAUAUUGUACAAACACAUGUUCUCCGUGAUGGAUUACAAGAAAACACAGGUGCUACCACUGCUGAUGUUAUGCCAGAGAAAGCUGCAGUUCAGGUUACCAAGAUAAAGGUGCAAGAAAGCAACACUAAAAGUAAAGAUAAUCUAGCUCUAAGGGACUCUGCUCAACCAACUUCUCCCGCUUCAGAAUCAACACAAUCAAAUGAGGCAGUAACAGAAUUCAUAGAGAUAAGCUUGUAUGAGCAAGACUUAGUAAAACCAAACCAAACUGAAACCAAGAUAGAGCUCAUGAAAACUUCACAGGACAGAUCUAAGGCAGAAAAAGGGGUCCAAGAGGAGCAUCCUAAAGUUUCAAUGCUUGGUAUGCCUGAUGAACCUAAGGUCUACGAUGAAUCUGGCCAAAAGAUAAGAAUGGAAAAAAUCCACAUGGGGCCUGAUGUGCGAAUCCUAGAGCUAGAUAUCAUGACGGGUUUAGAGGAGGAAAACACAUUGGUCACAAUAGCAAAAGAGCCAAGAACAGAUAUUGUUCAAACAACUAUCAAGAGAGACACGGCACCAGAAAAUAAAGAUAAGCCUAUUCCUGAAGUUAAAACGGAAAAGGCAGCAGUGAAGACAAUCGUAGAAUUGCAAAAAGUUGUCACUGAAAAGCAAGUGAAUGUCCCUCAGAGUGAACCCUCCCAGUCCACCUCUGUUGCUUUUGCAGCUGUGCAGCCAAGUGAAGCAGAGACAAAACUUGCAGGGAAAGGUUUAGCGGAGCAAGAAAUUGUAAAACCCGGUGAAACAUUGGUUAAGCUGGAGCUUGUGAAAACCACACAGGAAGGACCCAAAAAGGUGAAGGAUCAUGAUGUACAGGACAAGCAUGCUAAAGUGCCACCAAAAGCCAUUCAUGAUGCGGCCAAGAGCCUGGUCGAAAAGUCUGUAGGUCAAGCAGUCAUUAAGAGCGGAAAAGUGCCUGGAAAUAAAGAGCUGACUUCACCUGACAUUCAGCCUGAAAAGACUGCAGUAAAUAUUUCCAUGGUUGAAGUGAAGACCCAGGGACAGCCCUCUCAAGUGGUGACACAGGGCAAGCAGAAUGCAUCUGACACCAUGAAAGAAAAGUCUGUAUUUAUGGAGAACAUCCAGAAACAGCCUGAAGUACCUGAUUUAAGCUUAUCAGAACAAGGCAAAGAGAAACCAAGCUCAACUGUGACACAGCAAGAACGCUUCAAAACCACACAGGGUAGCCUGAAAGAUGUCAGGGAUUGUGCUGUGGAUGAAAAACAGGAAAAGGGGUCCCCAAGUGAUGUGCAUGUUGUACCGAGAAGCCUUGAUGAAAAGUCUGCUGAAAAAGAAGAAAUCCCCAUUGCUGCUAAAAAAGACAAAACUCUCACAAGAGGACAGGAACCAAGGGUGGAAUCAAGUAGCCAGUUUGGAGCAGUGGAAGAAGGCAAGGAGGUGUCCACCCCUGACCUUCUCUCUCACAAGUCUGCCGUCAAGACGGUCAGGGUCGAAGUGAAAGAAACCAUUACUGAAUUCCUACCUCAAUCCAGAGUCCAAACAGAUGCAGAGGAAAAGAAAAAAGAGCUGAAAGGGGGAGAGGAGAGGACGACUCAGGAGGAGGGAAUGGAAAAGAUGGACAAAGUUGAAACACAAAAGGCUCCAAUGGCAACAACCACAACCACUGGUGGGGAAGUGAGGAGUAUGCGAUCACCGCAGGAGCUGGUGUACAAGACUGACAAGGUGUCUCCAACAUCACUGCAGGCAGUCCAGCAAUCUUCAACUGUCACUAACUGGGGUGCGAUAUCCCUGAUGGAAGGAUCCCAGCCGCAGGAAAAUAAAUCUCCGGCCGAGGCAAGUGCUGCGAAGACUGAGAAACUUGUUCUGGAGGAGCCUGAAGGAUCCACCAUGAGGAAUAUCUUCAAAGACAUACAGCUACACAUGGGAACAGGACCAAGCAGUCCGCUCACUGAGGAAUCCAAAAUGAAAGUACAGGGUAAACCAACUAAGGAUGCUCCAGAGGGUCUGAUUACAUCCACUAGAGAUCUGGAAACUCGUCUAAGCAGGCUGGUUUGUAAAGUCCUGAGCUGCAAGAACCAACCAGCUGAGCUCAACCCAACAGCCAUGGCACAGCAGUUUGAGGAGGCUCAGAAAUGCAGAGAGACCGCUGAAGAACAGGUGUCAUUGCUCUCUAAAAUGAGACUAGCUGAUGCUGAGAACACGGAUGCCCUGCAGCAGCUGGAGGACCAGUGGAGUACUGCUGUUCAGGAUGCUGCGGCCAUCAUCCAAAAUAAAGAGGCCCAGCUGCAGGACGUGACGGAUUACUGCAGGCAGACCAAAGCAGCGGAAACCACCCUGGAGAAAUUAACAGCAGAACUGGAUGCUGUUAGAACGUCCCCAGAGGAAAGCAGCCUCAAAGAGGCAGAGCGACUGACUUCCUCACAGAGAAGUAUGGAGGAGAACAGAGCAGUGCUUGGGCAAAUGCUCUUGGCCCAUACCAAGGUAUGCCCCCAUCUUAGUCGGUCUGAACGAGCUACUGCACAGGCUGAUUACAAGAACCUGCAAGUGCAAUGGAGGGGCCUAGAAAGAGCUGUGGAGAGAUCCUUGUAUAACACAAAUAUCCAUUCCCAAGAGACCAGCUGCCUUCUGUCAGAGAUAUCAAGUCUUCAGGAAGAUUUGGAGGCUAUAAGCAAAGACCUUGAAGCCAAGCCUUCCUCAGGUGCUCCAUGGGAUUGCAAUAAAGCCCAGAAACUGAUGGCGGCAAAUGCUGAAGUUAAAGCUGCCCAGCAGAAAUACCUUCAUUUGCAGAAACAGUUACAGGCUCUGCUCCUCAGCUCCCAUUGGGAGACAGAAACUAAAAAGAUAGAGCAGGACCUUCAGAGGGUCAAAGACCAACUUUGCCACACAGAGGAACUGGUGUCCUCCCAAACGCAGAACAGCAGCAACCCCACCAUGGAGAAAAUCAUUGUAGUGAUGAGGGAUGGACUUGCCUGGGCGAAGCAAACGGAGAGUGACAUUGAGGGCAGAAGGAAGAGGGUGGCUUUUCUGCCUGAGGAGGUGCACCAACAGCUUAGAGACCUAAAGAAGCUGCAGUCUGAGGUCCUCGCCAAACAGGGCCAGCUGGAGUCGCUGGUGGAGGAGGUGACAGAGCUCCUUCCUCAGCUGGACCAGACCGAAGAGGUGCCAAUGGUGCGCAAAUCUUUGGGAUCCCUUGAAGAACUCUCAAAUUCGACUACUGAUAAGCUAGCAAAGGCUGUUAGAGAGACAGAGUCAGGACUUCAAACCAGAGAGAAGCUGUCAGAGCAGAUUGCCGACCUGGACUCCUGGGUUGUGGCUCAGCUUAAUAGAGAGGCUACCAGAAGUGUGGAUAAUGAGCUCAGGAAUCCUUCUGAGUUUGAGCGCAGAGUUCGUCAGAUCCAAGCUACCCUGGCAGAGGCUGAGAAGCAGUCUGCUGUUUGUGAGGCUCUUCUAAUGAAGAGUAAAGACCUUGCCUCAGAACUCAGCAUCACAGAGAACUGCAGGCUUUUUGACAAGCUUACCACCCUUCAAGAGGAAAUCAGAGCCAUUAGCAGCUAUGAGAAGGCCAACAAGAAGGAGCUGGACGAACUCACAGAGACUGUAGAGUCAAGCAAGAAAGACCUGGUAGCCGUUGAAAAAAGCCUGCGGCAGAUACUCGUAGAUCUGAAUAGAAACAGGUUUCCCAUCACCCGAGAGUCCCUACAAGCAUUGGAGCCUUUCAAACAGAUGAUUUUGGAGCACAAGUCCCGGGUUGACCUUCUGCAACCGUGGAUUCCCCAAGAAAAAUCAAAGGAACUUUACGCAGUCAUUUCUGAGCUGUACAGCAAAACGGUCACCCUGGAAUCGAGAGCCCAAGAUCAUGAGGGAUACUUGAACAUGAGGCAGUGUGUGGAGGACCUCAGGGAGAAAAUCGAGGAGCAGGUCCACGAGACCAAAGAUGACAGGAAAGACCCCGUGGAGAAGUACAAAGUCUGUCAGACCCUUCUGGUCCAGUUUCCACUGAUGAGGCAUUUGUCCAAGGAGGCUCAUUCCAAACUCCAGCUGAUCUCUGCUGACCUGUACCCCUCCCAGCUUAACGCAGAGCGACUGAGGCUCAAACAGAACGAGGAUAGCAAUGACACCUUGGAGAUGAUGCUAUACAACAACCUCAGCAUCAUAGAGUGGAAACUGAUGAAGGAACUGGACCUGGACACAGAGAGGCAAGCCGCUGGGGCAUUUCUCCAGAAUACCCAACAAGAGCUGCAGAAACGCCACACGUUGGAGGCAAAUGAUACAGCAAUUGACAACGAGUACCGGAGAAUCAUGUAUUUGAAAAAGACUGUCGAGUCAAGAAUGAGAGCUUUGGAGGUUCUGGAGCAAAACAAGGGAAACGAACAAUCCCAAGAUUUGAUGGUCUUGAAGAAAGUACUCCUCAAUGAAAGUGACAAACAGAUGCUGGAAAUCUCCAAAGCCAGAGAGUCUUUCCGAAACUACACAGACGCUGUCAGACAGGCAGCCCAAUUCCUGAGAGACAUCGAGGUCUCCCUGCUGCCGCCACACGGCUCUGCUGGCCUCUGCUCUGAGAGGGUGGAGCAGACGCAGCAGGCUUUGGCUUCACUGCAGCAGCAAUUCCAGACGCACGUUGAGAAGCUCCAGAGCCUGAACGAGCUGCAUCCUUACGUGUCCCCCCAGAGGGUGGAGCAGCUACAGGAGAACAUUCUGAGCCAGCUCCUGGUGAGGAUGUCCACUCUCCAGGCAAGAGGCCACGUGCACCUGGACUGUCUAAGCAGAUGUGCAGAAAACCACCAAAAAUUCACCAAGUGUCAAGAGAAAAUCAUCAAGACUUUGAACAGCGCAGAGAACAGCCUCUCACAAUUCAUCUGUCAAAAAGUCACCUGUCUCGCUGGCUGUACUGACCAGCAAGCCAAGCUUGAAGCUUUGUCUGAGGAGGUGGAGUCACUGCAGAGGCGUCUGGAGGAGCUAAAGGAGUGGUGUCCAGAGCAGAGCUGUUUUGGAGGCAGGGAGGCCAGCGUGACUGCUCUCUGGAAACGGCUAGCAAGACUACGUCGUUGCACACUGUGGCUGAAAACCAGAAGUAAACAGAGGGUCACUGAAUGGAGCCAAAUCACUGACAGUGUGGAGAAAGCCUCAGCCGUCCUGGACCAGGUGGAGGCGGAGCUUCCUGAUAGCUCUCGGGUUAAAGCCUCGACUGAGGAGCUCCAGGACCUGCUGCAGUCCUGGGAACAGUACCAGGACAGGCUGGACUGCGAACACCGUGCCUUGUCCGCACUGGAGCUGCGCACUGCCAGGCUGCUGGGUGUCCCCGCCCACCUCGAGCAGGCUCCUUCCACUCCUAUCUGUCAGAAACUGCAGGCGAUGCAGGGACGAUACGGCAGUGUGAAGCAGAGGAGCAGGCAGGGUUUGGAGUCGGCCAGGGUGGAACUGGAGGAGAGAGAAAAGCUUCGGGAGGAGCUGCAGGGCGUCACGGUCUGGCUGGAGGCUGCAGAUGGUCUUCUGUCAGAGAUGGAGCAGAGCCGCAGCACACAAGAGCUACAGGAGGUUCACAGCCAGCUGUGUACCCAGAAGGCUUUGCUCCAGCGCAUCAUGGAGAGCCUGAGGAUGAAGUACUCGGACAUGUACACCCUGGUCCCGGUCGAUAUCGACGGCCAGCUGAAGGAAGUCACUCAGUCCCUGCGGAAAGUGGAAGUGAAGGUGGGAGCGGCGGUGGAGAGGAGUGGUCCCGUCCACAGGCUGGGUGCUAAGCUGUCUGAAAUCCAGGCUGGCCUGAGGUCAGUUCAGAGAAGGCUGGAACAGAGGAGCCCCUCUGUGGUCCAAGCAAAGGUCACACAGAAGCGUGUGUGGGACGAGCUGGACGUGUGGCACUCGUGUGUGGCAGCGCUUGAGGUGGACAUGCAGGACCUGGAGAAGCCAGAGGAGGCGCUGAUCCUCACAGAGAGGCUGGUGGAGGUCCAGCAGCUCCACUCCCAGCUCGCCAAGCAGGCGGAGCAAAGGACCACCCAAAUCAGCAAGAUCCACAUGUGGCUUCAGGAGCAUCAGGAGAUGAUCAAGAGCUCUAAAAGCUGGAUGUCAGAAGCUCAGACGUGGCUCGCUGCUCCCUGCACCUACACCGUCGCUAAAGACCUGAGCAGCCAUGUUCAAGCCCUGAAGACGGUGUUGGAUGACUCGGCUCAGAUCAGAACCACCCUGCAGGGCUUCAGCUCCGUCCUGAACGAGAUGUCGCAGGUUUGCGACGUCACAACUCUGCAGGAGCAGCUGGUCAAAGCCGAUCGUGAUGUGGCCAACGUUCAAGACAGCUUCACGGCUCCCCUGUCUCAGCUGGAGCACGCUGCUGCCGAGGUGGAAGCCAUCGAGAGUGAAGUCAGGCGAAUGGAGAACAACGUGGCUGACAUUAAGACUUUAUUAACAUCUCCUGAGACCUUCCCUAGUCCCAGAGAAGAAAGCCUCAAGGCUGUUGAGAAGAGGAUCCAGACCAUGAGGAGGACCAUAGCUGAGAUCCAGAAGUGCAAACCCGGCCUUUGUCUUCCAGAGAAGGCCGAGGAGACUCUGUUCGUCUUCACCGUCGUGGACCAGCUGCAGACUCUUCUGCUAGAACUGGAGAAGAAGGUCCCUGCUCUGUUCAUUCAGCAGCCUCUGACUCCAGUUCAAGCCAAAGCUCCGUCAACGACCUCUCCGCUUAAACUCCUGAAGUCUACUUCAAAUGAGGAUGAGAAAGAAGACAUGGAGCAGGGACGAAUCAGGAUAGCUCACGUUGAAGCGGACGUACUGAAGAGAUCCGGAGCCGCUCUCCUGACUGUUGAGCAUUCCUCCUCUGACCAGAGGAAGUCCAGGACAACCGACAGCACCAAGCAGCGCGAGCAUGAAGGCGUGCUCCAGGCUGAAGAAGCCAGAGAGAAAACAGGGAGUGAGGAGCAGAGAGUGGAAGAAGGUGGAGGAGGUGUUUUGUGGUGGCUCUGGGAUGCUUUCCUGGGCUCUUCUCCAGAGGAGCCCAUGGUCUGGUCCCCUGAAGAGACUGAUGAUGCCACUGAACUAAGGACUGAACAGGCUGAGGAAGCUAGACAGGAUGUUGAGACCCCCUCUGACAGCGCAGAAGCAAGUUCAUCUGAAGCUUUAUCAAAACCCGUGGGCACAGUCAGAACUCAGUCGCUGCCCGAGAGCAUGGUAAACACAACCGCAACCACAACAAUAAAAGUCUCCAAAGCCGAGUCUGCGUCCCAGCAGAAAUGUGUAGUCUCCAGCUACAACCUGCUCAGGUGGAGUCUAAUUAAAGCUACAGAGAGCUCAGGUCAGCUCCCUCUCCUCCCUAUUUCCUCUCAACCUGCGACCCUGGAGCAGAGAGGUUCAGCUGGGUGUGUUGUGUUUGUGUCCCAGGCCCUGGAGGAGCCCCCAAGACCUGGGCCCCGCCCCGCUGAAGGUGUCCUCAAUGCAUGCCUGGGGAGGGUCGGUCAGCUGGAGCUGUGGCUGCAGAAAGCCCAGUGGAGCCUGGUAGCUGCAGGACCUGCUGCUGCUUCUGCUUCUGCUGGUGGUGGAUCAACGACUAUGCCGGAUAGCUUGGAGCAGCAACUCCUCACCUGCGAGGAGAUGUUCCUGGAGAUCGAGCAGAAGAUCGCCGGUCUCUCAGCGACUGACUCGCCCUCCGACCAGCAGCAGGAGGAACUGGGAGCUGUGGGGCCUCAGCAGGAAGCAGCUGAACUUCUCUCAUCCAAGCUGGAGCUGCUGAAGGCAAACCUGGUCUGUUUCCAACAGCUGCUGCAGGAACGACAGGGAGAGGAGAGAGUCACUGCUCACAAAGAGCCGCAGGAACAGAAGUCAGAACGCCAGUCAGAGCGCCCCCUGGAGUCCAAGUUAAAGCGCAGCAGCAGCGUUCAGGAGAUCUUCUCCUCACCGAAAAACAAACUCCUGAGACAGGGCAGCCUGCAGCAGCAGAAGGAGUUGGAGCAGGAGCUGACAGAACAGAGAGGACUUACCCGGGCCAUCGCCAGGCAGGGCAGCAGAGGCCGCCUCUACAGCCAGGAAACAGAGGAACACAGCCCUCUGUCACCACGGCGGCCUCCUGCUGAGCCUGAUGUGAACGAGGACCCUGCUCAGAAGAAGUGGGCUUGCCUUCGCAGCCGGCUGCUGGCUGUGGAGGAGAGCUUUCUGCUUCCUCCCUCUGAGGUGUCAGACUCAUAUGUGAGGCGUGGUGAUGGAACAGCAGGACGUAUGAUUGGCACACAAGCACUGAAAGAGCUUCAAACUCACAUCAGCCAUCUCAGAGACCUGGGACACACAGCCACAGAGCGUCUGAGUCAGGCCUCCCAUGAGGACGGUUCCUAUCAGACUCUGGAUGAGGGUUUGUUUCAUGUUCUGCACGGCGCCUCCCUGUUGCUGUCCUCCAUCAAUAACCUACUGCUCUCACCUGCUGGGAUGACACCAGAGGAAGACACACAGCUGAGGCUUUUGCAGCUGCAGAGUCUGUCUACAGAGAUGGAAACCCUUGGAAAUGAGCUGGCCUCUCAGGGACCAAAAGUGGCCUGUGCCCUUGGUUCAGAGUGUGUUCAGAAGUGUGUAGAUGAUGUGUGCAGAGUUCUUCCCGUGGUUCAGGCUGCACUGAGCUGCAGCGAGAAGCAGCUCAGAAAGCUGCAGGAGGAAACUGCAAAGCAACAGAUACAACUAAAUGAGUUGCAUGCAGCCUUCACCUCUAACCAGACAACUGUACACCAAAACAUUAAUGCAUUUAAUGGAACCUUGGACCCUAACAAUCAACUACAGACUGUGGCUCAGAUGCAGGAGUCUCUGCAGCAGCAGGUGGAGCAGGUGAGCUCCCUGCUUGAGGUGGCUGACCGACACAACCUGGCUGCACCUCAAAUCCAGCAGGCCAAGCGGCUGCAGGGUGAGCUGGACAGAUCUCUGGGCGGUGUUCGCUCCUGCUGUGAUGAGCUGAAGAGCAGCGUGGAGCUGCAGCAGCAGUAUGAGCGCCUGGUCCACAGCCUGGAGGAGCUCAUCGCUUUGGGCUCUGAACGCCUCUCACAGCAGCCUGACACAGAGCUGCACAACAGAGCUCAGCUCCAGCAGCAGCUCGGCAGUCAUACAAAAUUCUUCCAGUUCCUGGGCCAUCAUUUUAGGACCCUGCAGUACCUGACCUGGAGAAUACCUGAGAGCGGCCUCCAGAGGUGGGAGGCUGUAGUGAUGGGCCUGCAGGAUGAGGUGACUCGACUUCAGCAGAACGGACUGGAAAGAGGGACCAGGAUGCAGGAAACAUUACAGAUGUGGUCUCAGUGGGAGGAGGACAGAGCCUGGUCAGACUCCCUGCUAAGAGGGAUUGAGACUUCUCUUCCGAAAUUGCUCGCUGGGGCUGAUUCUGAGGAGCAGGUAUCAGAGAAGCUCUCUGUAUUCCAGGAGCAGCGACUCGUUCUGGAUGCAAACAAAGCACGUUUGAGUCAGAUGCUGGAGAAGGGGACCUGGCUGCAUGAGGUGGGCUGCAGAGGAGUUGAAGCGUCCACCAGGAAGCUGGACUCACGCUGGAAAGCGUUGCAGAAGAGGGUGGAGCAUGAACGCAUCGACGUAGACAGAAAAAGGAAGCUGAGGAACAGGUUUCUUCGAGACUCUGCUGCACUGGCUGAAUGGAUGGGCGGGGCCAGAGGCAUGAUUGACACAUUUUCAGCCAAUGAGGAGAUGGAUGUUGAACAGAGGCGGGACUAUUACCUGCAGUUUAUGGCUUUGACCAAAGAGUUGGAGGCCAAAUCUGGACUGAAGGUGGCUGUGAUCGGUGCUGGAACACGGCUGGUCAAUCUGAGGGAAACAGAUGAAGGCUCAGAUAGAAAUCCAGAGGACAGAGAGACUACAGACCAAGAUCUGUGCUCCAUCCAAUCCCAGCUCAGACAGAUAGAGCUGGACUGGUCCAGUCUGCUGGCGGAUGUUCCUGUCACCCAACAAGCUCUUCAUAAGCAAUGGAUGAAGACGUUGAGCCAGCAGGGGGCGCUGCUGGAGCUGCAGUCCUGGCUGGAAGCUGCUGAGUGCCGGCUGGAGGAGCAUCGCCGCAGAAUAAACCAAACCUCCUCACUCAACACUGAUCUGAGUCAGCUGCUGAAGUACUGCAAGGAAUGUCAAGCAGAGAUGUCAGCCCAUCAGGCCACCCUGGACUUUGUAAACCCGCCUUUACAAACAUGCAUCACUGAAGAGGGCCAGAGGGGGCGCUAUGUGCACAACCACUUUGCAGAUGAGCAGGGUCGUCUCAACCAUCGGUGGCUCAGUUUGAAGGAAACGCUCAACUCUCAGAUUGCAGAGGUGGAGCAGGAGCUGAGGAGCAGAGUGGAGCGGGAGGCUCGGCUGCAGCAGAUCAACAGCUGGAUCGCAGAUCAGAACCUCUGGAUCCAGUCUGCUCAGACACCCAGCAGCAGGACCGAUCUGCAGAGGAGCAUCAACACCUGCCAGGAUCUUGAGGACGAGAUCAGACAGAAGUCUGAGGCGCUUCAUGAGUUAAGAGACAAACUUGAUGGAGGAGUUCAAAGCUGCUGUGAUUUUAUCUCUCAGAUUGAGAAAUCCAUUCAGCACUGUGCAGCUCUCAUGCAACAGAAGAACUCUAUGAAACAGAAGUUGACUGAUGCUCAGCGGCUGUGGGAUUUUGCGGAGAAGCAACUCAAUCAGAUGACGCUGAAAGCAGUGAGGACGUCUCAGACUCUUGAAUAUCACAGCAGCCCUCAGCUCUGCCUGCAGGCACACAGAGAUGUCCAUGAGAAGCUUCAGGUUCUUCAUGAGGAGACAGAAGCUUCCACAGCACAAUGGGACGAACUGAAUCAAACUGUUUCCUCCCUCAAAGACGUCAUAAAUCCUCCUGCCGCCAUCUUUCUCACUGAACGGCUAGACACAAAGAGAGACAGUUGGUCUGUGGUGUCUGGAGAGCUGGACCAGAAGCUGCAGAGGAGUGGAAGAGUCCUGCAGGCCUGGGAGCUCUAUGCUCGGCUGGCUGCAUCUUUCUCCCAGCGGCUGCAGACGCUGCAGAGUGAAGAAAAAUCAGCGCUAAGAGGGGCGUCGACAGAUGAUAACACAGCGGAGAAGGUCACUAUGACGAUACAAAAUGUUCAGAGUCUACAGCAGAGGACAAUUAGUCUGCAGUCCGACCUGGAGGGGGUGCUGGAGGCUUCCAAGGACUUGAUUGGCCGCCUGGAACCUUCAGCUGCCGCUCUGGUCCAAUCAGAGAGCAGGUUGUUGUCACGAGGUGUCCAGCAGCUCGCCCUCAGCCUGACAGGGAAGCUGGGUCAGCUGCAGGAGGAGCUUGACAGACUGCAGGAGUUCGGACACGCACUGGAGUCACUGGAGAGCAAACUGGAGCUUUGGCAGCAGCGUCUGCAGGAUGUGGCUCAGACAGCAGACCAGUCUGGCCUCCUGGAGCUGAGCGGUCUGUCUGCUGACCUGGAUGUGCUGAAUGAGCUGAGCCGCAGCCUGACGCUCGGCGACGCCGCAGCACGCCGCCUGCAACGCCUCAACCACUGCUGGGCUGACGCCUCCGCCAGAGCUGAGGAGGCGUGCAGUGAGCUGCAGAACGAGGCACUGAAGCGUCAGCGCUUCGAGCAGAAGUGUGAGAGCUGGAUGUCUUUCCUGCAGAGGAUGGAGGACAGUCUGGCUGUAGACGUGGCCGGCUCCUACAUGGGCCUCAGACAGCAGCUCUGUACACACAAGCAUUUUCAGGCGGAGCUGUCGAUCGGUCACCAAAUCCUUCAUUCAGUUAUCACUGAAGCUCUUCAUCUGCUGCAGAAAGGAGAGGUAGAGGACAGGAGUGACUUCAUCCUGAAGCUCGCCCAGCUCAGGGAGCACUGGCAGGGCGCCGUGCAGCGGGCCGACCAGCGGCGCUCACUGGUGGAGGGCCUGGUGAAGCACUGGCACCUUUACAGCCGCAGCCUCAAGAAGCUGCAGAAGUUCCUGUCUGACACACAGACCCUCCUGCCCCCCGCCGGACCUGCCCGCUGCAGCCUGCAACAGCUGAGACGAUCCCUCCAGGACCUCCAGCACACGGAGCUGUUGUUCCAGAGGUAUCAGUCCAGUUUCAUCCACACCCUGGAGGUCGGCCGGCAGCUCUUCUCCAUGGGGAAUGAGGAGACCCAGACUCAGCUGCAGUCAGAUCUGGGAACCCUGCAGGAGGAGUGGGACAACCUCCACAGCCUGCUGGGUCGGAGGAUGGACCUCACCGAGGCUAUCAUCAAGAACUGGGAGCGCUGUGAGUCCGGACUUGCAGGCAGCAUGCUGCAGCUGAAGGACAUGAAGACCAGGCUGAACCAGUCGAUGCCAGAGUGUGAUGACGAGCUGCAGAGUGCUGAGAAGUUCUACAAGGAGAACGAGGACUCCCUGGAGGACUGGGCUGAGAGCUUGACGGAGCUGAGCACCAUGAAGACGGAUCUGUCCCAGUACAUCAUCGCAGACGACGUCCUCCUGCUGCAGGAGCAGGUGGAGUACCUGCACUGUCAGUGGGAGGAACUCUGCCUCAAGGUGUCUCUGCGUAAACAAGAGAUCGCCGAUCGUCUGAACGCCUGGAUCAUCUUCAACGAGAAGAACAAGGAGCUGUGCGAAUGGCUCACGCAGAUGGAGAACAAGGUGGCGCACAGCUCCGACCUGAACAUCGAGGAGAUGGUGGAGAAGCUGAAGAAGGACUGUAUGGAGGAGAUCAACCUGUUCAGUGAGAAUAAAACCCAUUUGAAGCAGCUCGGAGAACAACUCAUCACAGCCAGCAACAAGACGAAAGAGACGGAGAUCAACGACAAGCUGAAGGACAUCAACGACCGCUGGCAGCAUCUGUUUGACCACAUAGAAGCCAGGGUGAGGAAGCUGAAGGAGACGCUGGUGACGGUGCAGCAGCUCGAUAAGAACAUGAGCAACCUGCGGACGUGGCUGUCUCGUAUCGAGGCCGAGCUGGCCAAGCCGCUCGUCUACAACGUGUGCCACAGCGACGAGAUCCAGAGGAAGCUGGCCGAGCAGCAAGAUCUGCAGCGGGACAUCGAGCAGCACACGGAGAGCGUGGCGUCUGUUCUGACCCUGUGUGACGUCCUGCUUCAUGAUGCAGACGCCUGCGGCGGCGACUCAGAGAACGACUCGAUCCAGCAGACCACUCGAAGUCUGGACCGGCGCUGGAGGAACAUCUGUGCCAUGUCCAUGGAGAGGAGGAUGAGGAUUGAGGAGACGUGGCGUCUCUGGUGUAAGUUCCUGGACGACUUCUCUCGCUUCGAGGACUGGCUGAAAUCAGCUGAGCUCACCGCAGCGAGCCCGGACUCUGCUGACGUCCUCUACACCAGCGCCAAGGAGGAGCUCAAGAAGUUUGAGGCCUUCCAGCGGCAGGUUCAUGAGCGCCUGACUCAGCUGGAGCUGGUCAACAAACAGUAUCGCCGCCUUGCACGCGAGAACCGCACAGACGCCGCCAGCAAGCUCAAAGUCAUGGUUCACGAGGGGAACCAGAGGUGGGACAGCCUGCAGAGGAGGGUUGCCGCUGUUCUCCGCAGAAUCAAGCACUUUACCUCUCAGAGAGAAGACUUUGAGGGGACCCGUGAGGGGAUCCUGGUCUGGCUGACAGAGAUGGACCUGCAGCUCACCAACGUGGAGCACUUCUCAGAGAGCGACAUCGAAGACAAGAUGAGACAGCUCAACGGCUUCCAGCAGGAAAUCACCCUGAACACCAACAAAAUCGACGCCCUGAUUGUGUUCGGGGAGAAUCUGAUCCAGAAAAGCGCUCCUCUGGACGCCGUGCUGAUCGAGGACGAGCUGGAGGAGCUGCACUCUUACUGCCAGGAGGUGUUUGGACGGGUCGCCCGAUUCCACAACCGACUUGUCAACAGACGCCCGAUUCUGGAGGAGGAGAGAGAGCUUUCAGACCGGGACACAGACCACGACGACUCGCCUGAUUUGACCAACGGGACCUCCUGGAGCGAGUCAGGCAGGAAAAAGGAGGGCGAAGAAGAAGUUCCAGCAGGAGGUGGAGUCUCAGCUGGACGGCAAGCUAUGUGUCACCUCCUGGCGCCCCCUCUGGAGCGAUCGGGGAGAGAGACCCCCGUCAGCGUGGACUCCAUCCCUUUGGAGUGGGAUCACACGGUCGAUGUGGGAGGGUCAUCGUCACACGAGGAAGAUGAGGACGCCACCUUCUUCAGCGGUCUUUCAGAUGUGAAGGUCACAGAGAGCUCAGAGUCCUUUGUUAAAGCGACUGUCAGAGCAGUGAGAGCAGCCUCUGUGAAGUCAGUGACCGACCCGCCCAGCUGGCAUCAGCCCGCCUCUCCAGAGAGGAAACGAGUUCCCCGAGAAAUUCUCAGAGGCCUCAACUCGUCUCCCACACACACCACCAGUACUCCCUUUCACCAGCAGGGCUACGCUAAGCUCAUGUCGGAGUGCAGCGGCAGCAUUAACACAGUAAAAAGAGUCAAGCUGAUCCUGAAUGACGAGGUAGAGCUGGAUGAUCCGGGGCUGACCAGCAGCACGGCCGACAAACAGACCAGCACAGGCGUGAUCGAGCGCUGGGAGCUGCUACAAGCACCAAAGUUCAACAAGGAGACGGACAUCAAGCAGGACCUGGAGCAGUGGCAGAAGCUGAACUCCGACCUCUCUGAUGUCACUUCCUGGUUGGGCAGGGUGCUGCCGGAGCUGGAGAGGCUACAACGGAUCGCGCCGUCCACGAACAUACGAGACAUCGAGGUCAACAUCAGGAAACUGAAGGAGAUGCAGAAGACUUUCAACAGCUACAAGUGUCUGAUGAUCUCUGUGAACCUGAGCAAUCGCCACUUCCUACGCGGCGACAGCGCCGAGUUGCGGGAGCUGCAGGACGCUCUCAGCUCAGCCAAUCACAGCUGGACGCAGGCCUGUGGGGGCCUUGAAAGCUGGGAGAGGAGGUUACACUCAGCGCUAAUGCAGUGCCAGGAAUUUCAUGAGACGCUGCACUCUCUGCUCCUGUGGCUCGCUCAGGCUGAGAACAAACUCAGUGCUGUGAAUGUCAACGACCUGUCCAUAUCACACCUGGUCCUGCUGGUGCACCAGAAAUCGCUGAAGGCUCUGCAGGAGGAGCUGCGUGGCCGACAGCGGCAGGUCUCCUCCCUGCAGGAGAUCUCCUCUCAUCUCCUCCUGGAGGCCACAGAGGAGGACAGCAUCGAGGCCAAAGAGAAGGUCCACGUCAUCUACAACAAACUGUGUCUCCUGCUGCGACAGGUGGCCGCUGACCUGCACACGCUGCAGGGAAGACUGGAAACAUGCUCGACCAGCUCUGAGAUGGACAGCAUCGGUCUGGGAACUCUCAGCUCUCCGCUGCUGCUGCACAAGGAGGAGGCGGGUCUACAGGCUGCUACAGUUGGACUACCAGCAACUAGAAGGGAGGAGAGGAGGGAUUCUUCACCACACCGACCUCUCUUCUAUCGAGUUCUUCGAGCUGCCUUCCCUCUCCACCUGCUCUUCCUCGUGCUGCUGGUUCUGGCCUGCCUGGUGCCUCUGUCUGAGGAGGACUACAGCUGUACACUGUCCAAUAACUUCGCCCGCUCCUUCUACCCCAUGCUGCGGUACACCAACGGUCCUCCGCCCACAUGAAAACUGCCGUGACACCGGUGGAGUGGAGAACUAUGUCUCCAAACUGCUGGACUUAAAAUGUAACUUUAACAUGGAUCCCCUCACAGAUUAGGGUGCAAGUUCCAUACAGCUUCUACCUUCCAUGUAAGAAAAAGAUGCACUGCCUUUUAUGUCAGAAGGCCUCAUCAUGCGUGUUUUCUUCACUAAGUUUAUGGAUGUAUUUAAAAUGUAUUUAUUGUUUAUGGAAUUCAAAAAUUCUAAAACAAGAAGCCAUAUCACUGGUUAGUUAAAGUUUUGCCAUUUUUCUAUGUAGAUUUUCCAUCUAACGUCCUCGUCUUCGACACAAAAAAGUCUGAAGAUUUAUUUUAAAAUUCACAAAUAUUUCAAUGCUUCUAAUUUCACUUUAGUCCAUGGAAUCCAGUUUGAAGGACAACGGACAGUUAUUACCAAAGCACCAAGUAAUAAAGAGUACACUCGCCAUUUUUUAACCACUGCAGCAAUUUUUCAUAAAGGCAGCCACUUGUUGAUAGCACAUUUUGUACAGGAAAGUUGUUUGUUGUUUGAUUGAGAAGUAUUUAAAAUAUAAAGAUCUGUAAAAUAUGACUUUAAAAAAAAAAGGAUGACACUGAAAUAUCUGAAGACAUGCCUUUCUGUAGCCAACAGAACCAGCAGAACUUUAUGAAUAAUGUACUUUUAAUGGUUUUGCUGUUGAAUUUUGUAUAUAAAAAGGGCAAACAAGGAAAGAAAAAGUUAAAUUAUUGUAUCUGCAUAUGACUUUUUGAGUGUGGCACUGAAACCUAAAGAAGUAAUUUAUAAAGGGCAAUAGUUUGAAAUGCUUUUAUUUUGUAAGUUGUUUGUGGCUUUCAAAGCCAUACAGGUUAGUUGCAGUGUAUUUUGGCACUCCCUUUUCUGAGAUGUUUAAAUGAGAUAUUUUCUUAUGAUUAUGUCAAAUUUAUGGCCAGUGUUUUUGAAAAGGUCACUUAUAAUUUAGUAAAUCACUGAAUCGAAAAGUUCAGGCAUUAAAGCCCUUACAUUAAAGCUGCAUUAGGAGAUUCUUGACCACCAGGGGGCGAAAAUAGUACAAACACACUAAGAAGCAUACAUUUUAAACCAAUAGCUAAUCAGCUGGUUUAAAUAAUGUAGCAUUACAAUUACCUGUGUUCUUCUGUUAAGCUAGUAUCUAACUUCUUUCUUUGCUAUUAAGCGUACACAUGUAGCAACGCCUAUUUGUGUCCGAUGUCAAUUUUGCUUGCAGCAAAUAUGAUCGAAGAUGUGAAUCAAAUGCAGCUGUAAAAGCAAACAUGCUGGCUAACAGAAACCAAGAUUUCUGUAAAGCUACAGGGCUUAGGCGUCUAUUCUCAGUGACUCUGGUAACAUUCAGUUUAACUCAAUACAUCAAUUAAUAAAUGUCCCCUAAUGCAGUUUUAAAGGCUGCUAUUUUGUACAGUUUAAUGUAGCAAUAUAAGAAGGGAGCAAACGAGAUUUACAGCAGCAAACAAAUAUCAAACUGCCAUUUUAGUACAACAUCUUUUCCUGUAAUAAAACAUAUUUAUAGGACUUUAACUAUCCCCUCUAGGAUUAAUUGUAUGUUGUUAAUGACUUACCCAAUGCUGUCCAAGCUGGAGGGAGGCCCUGUUGGUAUAACACACAGGUUGGAUGAAAAAUAAUUAAAAAAAAACAAUUUAUACUAACCUGAACGCUGAUUUCAAACUCUUCAGUCAUACAGUUGAAGGACUUGUGUAACAGGUCAGACUUGGAGUGGAAUGUGAAUGUAAGUUUCCCUUUGGGCUCUGAAUGUAGCUGUGCACAUGCACAAUCAAAGAUCAUUAACUGUACGUUAUUUGCUUUGUUGAUAGUAUUGAUCCUCAACGCUAACCGACUGUAUGAUUUGAUUUGAAAGUGUUUUAUCCUUAUUUGUACAUAAUCUCAGCCUCACACUCAAGAAGGCCAGAAGAACAGGAACAAACAAGAAAAAAGUGUGUAAAGUUUGAUUUAUUUUGUGAACUAUUUAUGGGAUGUAUAGUUUGUCAUUUUUGAUUGACAAUAAACAGUGUUUGCCAUGA